AUGUCUGAAGAAACUAUAAAACAUUCAUUUAUUCAUAUUAAAUCAAGAAGAUUUCACGUUACAUUAUUAUUAAUGGUUGGUGUAUGUUUAUUUUUUUUUGCCCGUACAAAUUUAGGACUUUCAAUGGUUUGUAUGAUAAAUUCAACUGCCGUUAAUUUAGAAAAUUUUAAUAUAAAUAGUAACAAAACAAUUGAAAUUCCAAAUAAAUGUAUUAAAGUUUCUUUUAUAAAUAAUAGUUAUGAAGAAAAAACAAAAAAUUAUGGAGGAACAUUUGAUUGGAAUAUAAAUGUACAAAGUUUAAUUUUAUCAGGAAAUUUUUAUGGUGCCAUUUUAACUAUUGUACCUGCUGGUAUAUUAGCUGAUAGAUCAUCUCCAAAAAAUCUUUUAUUAAUUUCUAGUGCAUUUUUUUUUGUUGCUAGUGUUCUUUUUCCAUAUUUAGCAUAUAAUUAUAGUUAUACUCCAUUAAUUAUUUCAAGAAUUAUUAUGGGUCUUGGUGAAGGUAUAUCAUCACCAGCUUUUAAUCAUAUAUUAUCAAAUUGGAUACCAAAAGCUGAGUCACCUGUAGCAAUAUCAAUAUAUACAAGUGGUGUUCAACUUGCCUGUUUUAUUGGUAAUCCUAUAACAGCAUACUUUUGUGAAAGUACAUUUGGAUGGUCAGGUGUUUUUUAUUUAUUAUCAUUUUGUCUUAUCAUUUGGUCUUUGUUAUGGUAUAUUACAGUACAAAAUAAAUUUCAUAAAGCUAAAUGGAUGCAUGAAACUGAAAGAAUUUAUCUUGAAAAAUAUAUGACUACUCAUAAAAAUAAAGGAGUAUCAAAAAAAUUUUCAAUACCAUUAAAAUCUAUGAUAACAUCUUUACCAUUAAUUUCAACAUUAUUGUGUAAUUUUUUUGCUAUGAUGUAUAAUUUUUUUGUUACAAUGUACCUUCCAACAUAUUUUAAAGAUACACUAUAUGUUUCUAUUAUGAAUAAUGGACUUUAUAGUUCAUUACCAUUUAUUGCUCAAGGUAUAUCAAAAAUUGGUUGGGGUUAUUUUAUGACACAUUUACAAAGAAAAAAUAUUUUGACAUCAACACAAUCAGUUAAAUUAACUCAAAUACUUUCUGGUUUAGGAGUUUCUAUUGGUUUUUAUAUUUUACCAUUAUUAAAUGAUUGUACAAAACCAUACCUAUCUGUUGGAUGUUUUAUAUGGAUAUCAACAUUUUUUGGUAUAUCUGCAUCUGGUUUUCUUGUUUCUCAUAUCAUUUUAGCACCAGCAAUUAUUGGUUUUGUAUCUUCAAUAUUUAAUGUAACAGGUAUCUUAGGAGCAAUAUUUUCACCAUGGUUAGUUUCAUCAUUAAAAAAUCAUAAUGAUCCAAAUGGUUGGGAUGUAGUAUUAUAUGUAUUAGGUAGCCUUUGGUUGUUAUCAUCAAUAUUUUUUUUUCUUUUUGGAUCUGGUGAACCACAAUCAUGGGGUUUAAAAAAAGAAUUACAUCAAGAUGAUUUAUUAUUGAAUAAUAAAAAUAAUAAGAACGUUUCAUUAAUUUUAAAUGAAACAAAUUUAUAA